UAGCAGUACAGUUACAGUUGACAGUAUAUUAACUCGCUCGAAUUCGUUGAUAUUCGUAUAUUAUUAUGGGAAAUUUUUCGUCAACUGACCAUAUUCUUGAUGAAGAAACAGUAGUUGCUUACGCGGAAUUAACAUAUUUAAGAAAAAGUGAAAUACAGUACAUUAUUAAGUUACUUAACAAUGUAAAUCCGGGGAAACUUCGUGAAAAUAUUCAACAUCGUUUCACCACUGAUGAAAUUGACAGUUUAUUACCACAGAUACAAUGCAGUCCAUUUCGUGAUUCAAUAUUUCGAGUAUUUUCUUCACAAAAAGACAAUCGUUUAAGUUUGGAAGACAUAUUGGACUUAUGCUCUGCUUUCUCUAAACAUUGUCCCCACAACGUUCGUGCUGCUUGGGCAUUUUACAUUUUUGACUUCGACGGCGACAAUCAAAUCUCAUUGGAUGAUUUGAUCGAAGCUGUGCACAGACUGACAUGGACCAAGCAGGAUGAACAUGAAAGCAUUGAUAAGGCGGAAGCGGAACGCAUCGCACGAAUGGUAUUUCAAGAGAUGCUGUUCAAUAAAUUCGGAAGCAUUUCCUUCGAAGAAUUUACACGCUUCACAUCGAGAAUUCCAGAAUUUUCGUCAACAUUUCAAUUCAAUAUUUAAUUACGCUUAUAUUACGGUAAUUAUUUCCGCAAUUUUGAUGUGCAUAUUAAAGCAAACAUAUAACUUUGUGCUCAAAAUUCAUAUGCAUGCUUGUUAUAUAAUUGAGUAAGAAUUAUGUUAUAAUUAAUUUUCUCAAAAAGAUAUUUUAACAAAGUCCAUUUAAAUGGAAUUAUUGUCCAUUUCAGAAGAAAAGAAGUAUACAUAAAUAUGCAAUCAC